AUGCGCCUCCACCCUGGGAGCCGGAAAGACACAAGGCUGGGCGGGGGCCCGACUGAGAAGGCUCGGGGGCGGCGGGAGGUGCCCAGGUCGGGGAAUCAGACAAGGCGCCAGGCGGCGUCCCCUCCCUGGCCCUACAGGCUGCUGGAGCAGCACAGAGAUGGCCUCGGGACUCGGCCGCGCCUCCGCCCGUCCCGGCGGCGCGGCGCCCCAGGAAAGUUCCCUGGCCCCGACGCCCCUCGGGCGGCUGCAAAGUUUCCGCGGAUGCCAGCCCCGGAGUCCCAGGUAGCCCACGUCGCGCAAGGGGGUAAUGGUAGCCCGGCAAGGCCGCACUUGGCGGGGACGCGCGGUGUGGGGUGCCCUGGCCCGGUAGGUCAGAGCCCCGAGGCAGUGCACAAAGGGACCCGCCCCCGCUGGUCUGGGGUGUCGGGCACCGCGGCGCGAGCGAGAUGCUGGUCCCGGAUCAGCCCCGACUCCCGCCCCGCCCCGGGCCCAGGCCUUGACUCGGGAGCCCGGCCCCGACCUCCCGCCCCGGGGUUCUCCCCAAGCGUUCCCCACAACACACAGGCUCCAACCCCGCCACCCUCGCUCCGACCCCAACCCCCGGCUCCAGACCCCGCCCCUGUCCGAGCUUACCUGAGAACGACGUGGGAGGCCCCGCAGCUCGGCCCUUCGCCAGAGAGGCGGCCCCAGAGCCCUCGACACGCACCGAGCAGCGUCUUGGGGCGCCGCGCGGGGUGCAGGCGGGGAUGCAACUCGGGCGGGCGCGGGGGCGGCCCUUACCGGGCCCGGCGCGCUACCCGCGGGCCGCCCUCCCCUCCCCUCCCCUCCCCUGGCUCGGCCUGUGCGCAAAGAGAGCCGCGACCGCUACGCGGACCUCCUGCCCCGCCCACCCGAUCGCAAAUUUUCCCAUUGGCCCCAACCCCCGGCCCGAUCCGACAACCAGCGCCGAUUGGAUGA